GCUGAACCGUGGCGCAAUAAGCCAGAAGCAAAAGGUGUGACGCUCUCAUUUGUUGAAAGUGUUGACAGUAUAUAAGUCGUCACGCUCGUGCUAUUGUUGUCGAAGUGAAAGUAUCGCAUUCUGAAUUAUUCUUUUGUAUCAUGUCUACGGAAUGGUUACAUUCAGUCAUGCUGGGCAGGCAUACUCUACCACAUUCAUUGCUAAUCCUCUUGCCGUUGCUACAACUUCUUUACAUCACCUCCGCUGAUAUUAACCAACCAGAAUGCCUAUGUGAAGAACCGAUAGGCCCACAAGGACGCAAAAAAACGACAACUUAUAUCAGCUUUGAGAUACAAAGGAAAAUCGAUAGAGAAAUUGAAAAGCUUCAAAAAAGUUUGGGGAAGGAGAAGAGGUCUCUCAAUCUUCUACAGUGGUGUGGACAUCACAACUGCUAUGUUAGCCCUGACGAAGAUCGCUGUUAUUAUUCUGCAUUGUUCUACGGCGCCGACUUAUCCCAGUGUAAAGUUGCUCUAGACAGAUGUGAGCCAGUGUUUGCAUACACUGUAGACGGAAACUUUCGUAUCAUAGUACAGUCACAGGAAAAGGAUUUACAUCAGUGUGUGUGGCAGUUUAAGUGCCGUGAUGCAUCCAACAGCAACUGUACGAAUACAGGAGUCAGUUGUGGCCACCAACGCCGUAAAGUCGGUCUUCUUUCGUACAAUCUGGAGUUUGAAACAAUCCAAUGUGAAGACUUUUACCAGUGUUGUGAUUGCAGGUGUAAGCCUUGAAAGCUCUCUCCCACACGCUGAUGACGUGGUCUCUCUAAGGACUAGACCUCUCGCUUGCUGAAGAAUGUUUUAGAUCUUGAUGUAUUUUAUUUGGAUUUUAUAUUGGGUGUGGAAAAACACAAAAGUUAAAACAACCACACGUGGCUUUUUUAUAUUACAUUUGACAUAUUUAUGCUUAACAUAUAGAAUUUAAAUUCACAAUUUGAGGAAAUCAAAUCAUCAGGGAAUCGUCUAUUAAAACAAACUGUUGAAAAAUAUUAGAAUAUGUUUGAUAUUAAUAAACCUUUUAUAGAGAUAUUUUAUCACUAUCAAAAGCCUGACAUGUGUUUAGCGUGGUUUCAUUAAAUAUCUUUAAAUAUCUCUGAAGCUGAAAGUUUUAUGAUAGACAUUUCAAAAAAAUAUUAAUAUAUUCUUACUUUAUGUAUAUUAAAAAAAAAAGACACUGGUUUUUUGGCUUAAUCAACCCUUCGAGUUCCAAGUCUUCUGAAAUAACUCUGUUAAAUAAUGAAUUUCGUGUAUUCGUCUUUUAGCCAUCGUAAUAUAUGUAAUGAUAUACUUAUUUGUCGGAAUAAAACUAUUUUAAAAAUUUA